AUGGCUACGACACUCGCCGUCUUCAGCACGAAACCAUACGACAGACGAUAUCUCGAGGAGGCGCACGCGGCCAACGAAGCCUCGUCAGCCAUAUCCAUAACGUUUCACGAUGUCCCGCUGAACCGAGAGACGGUAUCGCUGGCGACGGGGGUGCAGGCGGUAUGCGCCUUCGUCAACGACACGCUCGACAGCGUGGUGAUCGACUCGCUGGCGCGGCAGGGCGUGCGGGCUAUCCUGCUGCGGUGCGCGGGCUUCAACCACGUGGACCUGGAGGCGGCGGCCCGGCGGGGGAUCAUGGUGUCCAACGUGCCGUCGUACUCGCCCGAGGCGGUGGCGGAGUUCGCGGUGGCGCUGAUGCAGACGCUGAACCGGUCGACGCACCGGGCGUACAACCGGGUGCGCGAGGCCAACUUCAGCCUCAACGGGCUGCUGGGCAUGACGCUGCACGGCAAGACGGCCGGCCUGAUCGGCACCGGCAAGAUCGGGCUGGCGACGGCGCGCAUCAUGAGGGGGUUCGGGUGCCACGUGCUCGCCUACGACCCGUUCCCGACGGCCGCGCUGACCGACAUCGACGGCUGCAGCUACGUCGACGACCUGGACGACCUGCUCGCCCGGUCCGACAUCGUCAGCCUGCACUGCCCGCUCAUGGAGAGCACGCGGCACGUCAUCGACGAGCGCAGCAUCCGCCGCAUGAGGAGGGGCGUCCUCAUCGUCAACACGUCGCGCGGCGGCCUCAUCAAGACGGACGACCUGAUCCAGGGCCUCAAGGACAGGCACAUCGGCGGAGCGGCCCUCGACGUGUACGAGGGCGAGGCCGACCUCUUCUACGAGGACCACUCGGGCGACAUCGUGUCCGACGACGUCAUCAUGCGCCUCACCACCUUCCACAACGUCAUCGUCACCGGUCACCAGGCCUUCUUCACCGCCGAGGCCCUGCGGGAGAUUGCCGACUGCACGCUCGGCAGCCUCGUCGAAUUCGUCCGCACCGGCACCUGCGCCAAGUCCCUGACUGCCGGGGUCGGGGAGGGGAAGAGGAGCAGCCACCCUCCGCUGCCGGUGCGAAAUGUCUAG